AACAGCGCAGUUUUCUACGUUGCGUUCAUGAACGAAUUCGGAGUGAGCCACGAAAGCGCCAGCUGGCCGAUUGCAGUGUGCACAGUGUCGGUGCAAUUUUCUGGGUUACUAGUGAGUUAUCUGGAGAAGAGGCUGUCCAUCUAUCACAUCACCAUUGCAGGCAGCCUCCUCAACUUUGUUGCUCUCAUUGCCGCUUCCUUCGCACCAAACAUAACGUGGAUGAGCAUCACCUUCGGUGUUCUUAGCGGUGCAGGUCAAGGCAUCAUCGUCGUUACCUUGUCCAUCUACGCAAUGCUGUAUUUCGACAAGUACCGCGCGGCAGCGAGUGGUUUCAAGUACACAGGGAUAUCCUUGGCGCCCUUCUUUUCAAUGCUGCUGUCAUUAAGUAUUCAACAGGAUGGCUUGCAUGUAAAGGGCAAUCUGCGUGGCAAGGCCAGAGACAAGGUCAUCUUCGUCAAUCUUGAUCGAUUCGAGCUGUACAUGGAGGGCUCUUCCUUGCAGCAGGCUAGUUCCCUCGUAUUUCACCGUAGGCAUAUGAUGUGA